AUGGUCGCUCUGGAUGGCCUCAGUGCUGCGCUUCCAGCAGUCGCAAUCGACAUCUCGGCGUUCCCCGUAAUCGUCGAGGACAUCCUCUCCCUCGCCAUCGACGACGUCUUCCACGACCCGGGAUCUGCGCCGCUUCUCUACUCGCUCCGCCUCGUCUCCCGCGCCGUCAAAGACACAAUCGACACCAAGCUUGCGCGGCACAUCAGCCUCGACCUCGCCGUCAAGGAGAUCUGGGAUGCCGAGCACCUCGCCGAGGUGAACGCUCUGCGAGCCAAGCCCCACCUCUUACUACGGGGAGAGGAGGAGCCCGAGUUCUACCGCGACAGGCAUGGACACGAUCGGCGGACCAUUGUCGCCAUCUAUCGCGGGCCGAGGAUCCACACGAUCACAGAGAACGUGACGACGGGCCAGCCGAUCGCUUGCCGCCCGGCCCAGCGCAUCCCCGGCAUGCGGUGGGGAGAGGGCGCGACAGCUGCGGAUGUGGCCGAGUGUCUCCGCCGACUGCGCGACACGCACGUCGUGGACACGACGUCCAGCGAGCCAAACGACUACCCGCCAAUGUUCCGCGACCGUGUGCUCCUCCACGCGUUGCUCAACCACGAAACCUUCGAGCGCGCCUCGUCAGCGUGCCCGCCGCUCGGGUUGUCUACCGCCGUCUGGCAGUUUGACAUUGAGCACCGCGACCACCCGUACAACUGGCACCUCCAAGUGCUUACCUCUGCUCUGCGACAGGGGGCAAGGUCCCUCGUGGCUUGCUUCCCACCCAGCACCAACUACCUGUCAGACGUUGGGCCAACAAUCUUGAUGCCCGUCAUGGAUCACACGCUCGAGUCGGUUACCAUUCACGUCCAGGUGGCCGAGGGCUUCGUAAGCCAGCUGUCGGGUUGUGGUCAGACGUCGCUAAACGGGGUGCUCGACUGCAUUGCGGCCAGGCUCGACCUGCACUGGACACUCGUGACCCACCCCGUUCUGGACACGGUCUACCUUGGCUGGCACAGCCCAGGCAGCGGCUCGACGCCAGAGCGUAUUCGUCUGGCGAUCCGCGACCAUGUCCUCGAGGAGGAAGGCCUGCGGGAUCAUUGGGCUGAGGAGGACCGCUUGGCCGACGCGGUGCAACGGGUGCGAGUUGUCACCGCGGACGAGUACGCCCUUGAGGUGGGGUUGGAGCGGUAUCGCCUGGAGACGGAGGAGUAG